GCAAGAGAGAGGCACAACGAAUGAGCUCAUCCUUCUAGCAGCAGCUGCAUAGCGCAGCAAGGCAAAGCCUCAACUUUUUUCUAUCAAACUUCCAAGUUGCGCCUCGGCCGGAAUUGAAGGGAAAAGAGCCGUGUUGACGCGCCGCGUUCGAAGGUUAAAAAAAAAAAAAAACGAGGCAAGAGUAGGGCGUGAGAGGUCGCGUGUUGCUGUUUUAUGUCAAGGACUUGUGGGAGCCGAAUUGAACAAAAGGAAAGGCUUCGUAUUGUGUUUUCAUCACGCAAGAAGGAGAGAGAAAAAGCCCCGCGGAGACGCUAACCAGAGAAGGCCAGUGUUUGGAAUAAAAACAUGCCAAUGGGAGCCUUUGUCACAGUCGCAAGUUCUAUGAGCACUUGAGUGAGAAAGCUGCAGGCUUUCCCCAUUUUCUGGCUGACAAUCAACCUGCACAUGAAGCCGGGAAGAAGCAAUCCAUUCCAGAGGCAGCCAUGUCUACCCGCUGAGUGCCUUUAGCCUUCGGCACUCGUGUCAUGACCAGCUUGAAGCGCCCACCGAUGGAGUGCGCCGUCGGGGGCUCCGUCCCUGCCACCGAUGAGUUUUACCCUCGCCACAUGCGCAUCGUCAACGGUGGUGCAGUGCCAGCCCGCACGGACAAUGUCCACGGCACUUUGAGCACAGGCGUGCCAAAGAUGGGCGUGCGGGCGCGCGUGGCCGAUUGGCCGCCGAGGAAGGACGUUUCGCGAGCUUUUUGGCACUCAACCACCGAGUCUGAAAUCAUGAGUGUGCCUCUGAAAAAUCACAUUAAAUUAGGAUCAAUUAUUAGCCCUCAGGACUCGUCAAUGCUGCGAAAUAUCCACAAUACUUUGAAAAAUCGAACACAGUCCCAGGCUAACAACUACUGCACUGACACUCGGUACUUGGCGCCAGGAGACUACAGAAGUCCGCCACGCCGAAACACACACCAGAAGCGAAUCCAUCAGCGCAGCAACAGUGACAUGACCAUCAGUGAAAUGGAAGCUGGCGGAGAUAGCGAAGAAGACUGGGGUCCACCGUUGGGGACUAAAUGGUCUCCUCUUCACCGGGAGUAUGGCAGCACAUCUUCAAUAGAACAACAUGGAGCUUCUGGUGAGAGUUUCUUUGAAAUGCUUAAAGGCUACCAAGGAGAAGUAGACCAGCGUAGCCCAGCUCCAGAUCAACUGGAGGACAUGCUGAAUGUUCGGCCUAAGCAGGCCACCCUUGACCUCUCGGAAAAUGCUAACGACGAUCAGCCACAGAAACCCAAGGAAAGGGAAAAGCCUCCAAAGAGACGUACUAAAUCAGAGACCGGCGGUGAGUCUAUAUUUCGUAAGCUUCGUAACGUGCGGGGCGAGUCUGACUCGCCGAGAGUUGGAUCGGAUGUAGAGGACAGUCGAAUGGAGGACACGGGGCCAUCGCUAAAACCGUGGGUCUGUCAGAAAGGCUUCGCUCACUUUGACGUCCAAAGCACACUGUUUGACCUUAACGAAGUCAUUCAGUUGCGGCAGAAUGCGAGCAGGAGGAAGAACAACACCACCACUGGGGCCUCUGCAGCUGCCGUUGCCUCGGCUACCUCCACCCUUUCAUCCACUCAUAGCCUUCCAUACAGCUCCCCGAGCGGUAGUCAGGAGGACCUCAACUCCCGAGACAGCCCCGGCCUGGACUCAGGAGAUGAACACAGCAACGAGAUGCUGCUCAGUUGCCCCUGUUUCCGAAAUGAGAUAGGUACAGACAACUAUGGGCGGCACCGAUUGGGUGCAAAUGGGGCAGGCUACUAUGGACUUGUGGGAGGUGUAGCAGGUAGCUCAGGGAACUUGAACGGAGAAGGGAACUUUUAUGAAAGCUCACUAAGUACACACUGCACCAACGCUGGAGUGGCUGUGCUGGAGGGACCGAAGGAAGGCCCAAGUACACUCAGCGAAAAAGCCAAACAAUACAUCGUGGAGCAUGUGGACCUUGGUGCUUACUACUACAGAAAGUUCUUCUACUUGAGGGAACACUGGAACUACUUUGGGAUUGAUGACGCCUUAGGUCCUGUGGCAGUGAGCUUGCGCAGAGAGAAGUUGGAGGAGGACAAGGAGCACGGUCAGCAGUAUAAUUAUCGUCUCAUCUUCAGAACCAGUGAGCUCACAACACUCAGAGGGUCCAUCUUGGAGGAUGCCGUGCUCUCCACCUCCAAGCAUGGCACUGCCCGAGGGCUGCCCAUUAAAGAGGUGCUGGAGUACAUUCUCCCAGAAUUGGAUUUGCCUUGCCUCCGACUGGCUCUCAAUACCCCCAAAGUCACAGAGCAGCUGAUGAAACUGGAUGAGCAAGGACUGAGUUUCCAGGUAAAGGUGGGUGUGAUGUACUGCCGAGCCGGACAGAGCUCAGAGGAGGAGAUGUACAACAACGAGAUGGCGGGUCCCGCCCUAGAGGAGUUCCUGCAGCUACUCGGGGAGAAGGUUCGCCUCAAGGGCUUCACCAAGUACAGAGCCCAGCUGGACACCAAAACGGACUCAACCGGCACACAUUCGCUUUACACAUCCUACAAGGACUAUGAGCUCAUGUUCCACGUGUCCACUUUGCUGCCUUACACACCUAAUAAUAAGCAACAGUUACUGAGGAAGCGCCAUAUUGGGAACGACAUAGUAACCAUUGUGUUCCAGGAGCCUGGUGCUCACCCCUUCACCCCAAAGGCCAUUCGCUCUCACUUUCAACAUGUUUUCAUUGUUGUAAGAGUGCACGAUCCCUGCUCAGACAACACUUGCUACAGUGUGGCAGUGAGCCGCUCCCAAGACGUACCCCCCUUUGGUCCACCUGUCCCCAAGGGCGUGACCUUUCCCAAGUCCUCCGUCUUCAGGGACUUCCUGUUGGCUAAGGUUAUCAACGCUGAAAACGCAGCUCACAAGUCGGACAAGUUUGGCGCCAUGGCGACACGGACGCGGCAAGAGUACCUGAGAGACUUGGCGGAGCGUCACGUGACCAACACGCCGGUGGAGCCUAGCGGGAAGUUCCCCUUCAUUUCCUUGGCGCACAAACGGCGGGAGAAAGUGCGACCGUAUAGCGGGGCGGAGCUCCGGAGCUUGGGCGCCAUAACCUGGCAGGUUCACGCCGAAGAUCAGGUGGCGGGCGCCGAGCGGGAAUGCCUGUUGGCCAUUUCAAACGACUUUGUGAUCCUACUGGAUCAGGAAGCCAAAGCGGUUGUGUUUAACUGCGGUACUCGCGAUGUGAUUGGAUGGUCAACCGGAAGCCCCGCCUCUUUGAAGAUCUUUUACGAGCGCGGUGAAAGCGUGUCACUUCGCUCCAUUAACAACAAUACAGAAGACUUUGGAGAAGUGGUUAAGCGACUAGAGCUGUUGACCAAAGGUAGCCAGACCGCAGAAAUGACGUUGCGUCGCAACGCUCUGGGACAGCUGGGGUUUCACGUCAACUUUGAGGGCAUCGUGGCCGAAGUGGAGCCUUAUGGAUACGCCUGGCAGGCCGGGCUGAGGCAAGGCAGCCGACUGGUGGAGAUCUGCAAGGUCGCCGUGGCGUCGCUGUCACACGAGCAGAUGAUCGACUUGCUCCGGACGUCCGUCACUGUCAAAGUGGUCAUCAUUCCGCCGCACGAAGACUCGACGCCGCGCAGAGGCUGCUCUGAAAUCUACCACAUGCCGCUAGUGGACUACAAGAAUCACAAGGAGGGAAUGCCUUACGAGUUAAAGUUCCCCUUCCGCCCAGCUACCAACAGCAACACCAAGUGGCCCAGAACAUCCUCCAGCCCUCAGACGCGGCCCGCCGGCUCAGGCGGAACGCUCAUCAAGGCUCCCCCGCCGGACUUCGGCAACUCUGCCCUCAUGCCUCGCAGCGUGUCCAGCGACGGGCGACCCAUUAUUCCCAAAAGGUAUUCACCUGGGAAUGAGAACUACGCCCUCGCCUGUUCAAUUGUGAUGGGCCGCACGCUUCACAACACAAAUUCCCCCUCCGGACUCCCGUACGCUGACAACAUGAGCUCCAACCAUUGGAGGCAGAAGUCUAUGCCUGAGGGGUUUAAUAACAACAACUGCCAGUCCCCUGUGUCGUCUGCACGACCGUUGCCAGGUGACAGCGGCAUCAAAAUGGGCUCCAGCACAGGAGCCGCUUGGUCCCGAAAUGGGGAGAGUGAGGCAACGUGUAGACAGGGAGAAAAAAACACUCAAGAAACCUCAAAGGCGGUCACUCCUCGACUCCAGCCACCAGAGCAGAGUGGACAUGUUUCACCUAACAAGAGCGUGAAGGCGGACGCGCCAUAUUCCUCCAGCCAAUCCAGCAGCAACACACUGUCAAGCAAUGCCUCGAGCUCCGCCCACAGCGAUGAGAAAUGGUACGAGGUGGGCUCCCGCUCGGGAGUGCGCGGUGAUCUGGAGCUCGCCGGCUACCUCCAGGGCACAUCCACCGACAGCGGCAUCGACGCCACGUCCUUCACUGCCACACAGAGCAGCACGGGCUCGUCCAACGCCGCCAUCAAGGCCACGGACGGUGUCCCGUGGCAGGGCGAGGCGGCUGGCGGGCAGACAGGCGGCGACUCUUCACCGCCCACUCCAGAGUCACUCGUCCCCGCUGAAGGUGGUUGUGAGAACCCAUUGAAGAGCCCAUCAGCCUUUCCAGACAGCCCUUCCUACACUCUGAGUGACUCCGCCUCCCACUCCAGCACACCGAGUUCCGGCCCCUCUGGAAACCAGGAGGAGCCGGCAACUGACACCUCGCCCACAGCCCAGGAUUCCCCGGGGCCCAAGACCUUCUAUCCUAGGCAGGGGGCCACCUCGAAAUUCUUAAUCGGCUGGAAAAAACCCGGCGGGACCGUCAACUCUAUCGACUUUGGCAGCACUCGGAAACGACACCAGAGCGACGGUCUCCUGGUCAGUCAGCCGCAGCUCAGAGCCAAUCUGCGGGGCUCGCAGUCGCCCCAACGACACACUGCCAAGUCCAGCCUGGAAGAAGACUUAAAGAAGCUCAUCACGCUUGACAGUCCUCCCCCCACCACUACUGAAGAGAAGCCGUUCCCUGCACCAACUCCAACCCGGCGCUCCCUCCAGAGGACCCUGUCCGAUGAGAGCAUCUAUAGCGGGCAGCGGGGGUCCAUCUCCAGUGACAAACGCGACACCCCCACCGACCUCCUGUUCAGCUGCUCGACCGUGCCGCGCUCACCCACCGCUCGCAACGUGGCCAGCCGCCGAACGUCGCACAAAUCUCUUGGAAACCUUUCUGCUCCGGAGAGCACAGAGUUGGAACUUGCCAAGCAGCAAGGGCAGGAUGCAGCCCUCAUGCCGCUCCCUGACAGCAGGACAGAUGGCCCACUGGACUGGGCCCAUUUGGUAGACGCUGCCAAGGCGUUUGAGGAGCAGAGACUGGUCUAUCUGGCGGCUCAGGAGGAGAACUCUGUGGCCGAGAGCCCAGCAGGUGUCAGCCCACAGCAGGCUGAGCCGCAGGCGGCCCCACUGAGACAGCCUUCCCCCAACGAGACACCAGCCUGUUUAAUGGGGAAAGUCAGCCAACUGGAAUCAAUGGUGAAGGUGCUCCAGGAAGACUUGAAAAGGGAGAAGGACGCCAAGGCGUCCCUGCAAAUUCAGAUCCAGGGCCUGCGCGAAGACAACCAGCGCCUCCUGGAGGAGUCGUACAGCGCGUCGGCCAAGCUCAAAAAGUUCACCGAGUGGGUCUUCAACACCAUCGACAUGAACUGACGCUGUUAAUGCCGCCACAAGGGAGUAUGACCACUACAACUAAGCUGUACGCACGUCAUUUUUGCUCUUCAAGCUUCACGCUCUUGAAAACGGACGCGCAUUUUCCAGUAUUUUCCAACGUCAUCACAAAGAGCGAGCACGCAUGCGCUCCCGUCCCUUAAGAAUUGACCAACGGUGCUGACUUGUCCUUGCAUGUCAGAGGAAAGAACCAAUUAAAACAAAAUACACAAUUAAUACAAGCCUCAUGUUCCUCUGAGAGGGUUAAACACUGUUAAUAGGCAUUUUGUGGAGGGCAUACAGAUUUUUUUUUCACUUAGCGCUAAGACUGAAUAUUCAUUGGACUAAUCCAAAUGAGGGGAAAAAAAGCAUACUAAAUGAUAGUAUCCUGUUAUUGUAGCACUGUAAGUAGACUGACAGCCUUUGCAGAGCACAUACUGUAAAGCCCGGUGUGUAAAAGAUUGUAUAGUGUAAUAGGACGACAACUACACAUGCAAACGGUUUAUCUUUUGUACAAAAAAAAGCCAGGAAAAUACUUUUGUCGGCUCAUUUACUCCACCACCUUGUAAAUAUAUGGUUUAUUUUUUCUCAGAUUCUCCCACUCGACCUCCUAGAUGAGAUAUUUAAAGUGUAUUUAUGAUGAUAAAGAGAAACAGCCAUAAGCAGGAGAGGAUGCCACACAAUCAAAUGUAUAGAAAUUAUUUAAGAGGAAAAAAGUUAAGAAUGAUAUAGAAGAUUUUUAUUUUAUUAUUGUUAUCCUUCAAAUACCUCCAAAUAGCCUGCAUAAACAUUUCUAUGGGACGUUUAACUCAUUGACGGUGAUAGACAGCGUUCGUUCAUUCGCUGCCAACCCUCCUAUUUCAAAUAAAUUGGACGUCUACUAGUGAUAAACUCAUUUCAAGUCAAAGCAGAAGGAUGAAACGCGCCACACGAUUGGACGUCCGUCAUCAUCGAUGGCACUAAAAGGGUUAAACGAAGAAUUUCGUAAAUAUUCCAUUGAGUUGAAUAGAAUUUUGCGCAAAUUUUGAUUGGACAAAAGCACACAAACCACUAUUAAAUUGAAAUAGAUUUGCAUCUUAUUUAUUUCAGGAGUUAAAUUCAAGAAGUGAAACUCCAAAUAUUUCAUUGUACAGGGUGGGGCAGAGCAACUUGCUAAUUUAAAUUUGGCGCCCUGAAGCGAUUGUUGCACUGAGGAUGGUAGGGAUGGACUUAUGUGAGAGGGUGACUCUUAAAGUUUGGUUCUUAAGGUUUGCAUUGUAUUUAAUAACUAAUUAUACAUACAUAGACAGUACUGAAUAUUGUGGUUUCACUUUUUAAAUUACACUUCUGAAAUCAUAAAUAAAAUACUUUGUAAUUUACUGAGAUUUACGUGUGUGUGUGUACCAGAGGUGGGUAGAGUAGCCAAAACCUUUACUCAAGUAAGAGGAGCGUUACUUCAAAAUAUUAUUACUCAAGUAAAAGUAAAAGCAGGCAUCCCAAAAUUUACGCAAGUACAAGUAAAAAAGUAUUUGUUGAAAAGAAUACUUAUAGGGAACCACAGAUAAAAAGACAUGUAGUUCUUAAAAGAUAAAUGUUAGUACGAGUUAUAAUAAUUUGAUAUUGAAACCCCUUUUAAAGUUUUUCGUUUUAAUAAAAUUUGUAAAAUGAUUUUAACUAGUAGGUCACCAUUGUUGUUAACGUCGCAGGGCGGUACGAUAUUGGAAAAAACUAUUGCUGCGGUUUUUGGGGGGGUUUGCGAUAUUAUAUUGCGAUAUUUAAAAAAAAAAAAUGUAUAUAUAUAUAUUUUUAAAUUUUUAUAUUAAAAAAAAAAAUAUAUAUAUAUAUAUAUAUAUAUAUUUUUUUUUUUUUAAAGAAAUGUUCACUAGAUGACUUGAAUAGCUGUUUGGAAAGACUUUGGAUGACUCACAACAACCAGUGUACAGUGAUCCCUCGUUUUUCGCAGUUAAUGGGGACCAGAACCCGCUGCGAUAAGUGAAAAACCGCGAAGUUGCGCACCCCGCCCUCCAAAUUUUUAUUUUUUUGUGUGUGUGCUCAAUGUAUUUAUUCAGAUUUAGCAUUGGAAAGAGAUACAUAUAAGGCAUGUUUUUUUCUCACUUUUUCCCCAAAGUAUGAUUUAAAAAAAAAAUGUAUAUAUAUAUAUUAGGGCUGUCAAACGAUUAAAAUUUUUAAUCAAGUUAAUUACAGCUUAAAAAUUAAUUAAUCGCAAUUAAUCGCAAUUCAAACCAUCUAUAAAAUAUGCCAUAUUUUUAUGUAAAUUAUAUAUAUAUUCUGUAAAAUAAAUUGUUGGACUGGAAAGAUAAGACACAAGAUGGAUAUAUACAUUCAACAUACGGUACAUAAGGACUGUAGCGGCCAUUUCACUCUACUGUCAUUUAAAUCUGUCUAUGCUGUCCUCACUCCGAAGCGUCUACUUUUUCCAAAGCUAGACAGCUAGUGAACGACGCCAUAAUAAUCUGACUUCUUCCUUUUUCAUCUGAUUUAUUAAUAAAAUGGCCUCAAACCAUUGUCCUCUUUAGACCGUCGUAAAACUACAAAAAAAAAGUACACAAGCAUUGCAUUAGCAGCAACGUUAGCUUAGCACGCUAUACAGGUUCACUAAACAUAAACAAAAAGCUUCUCAUACAAAAAAUAGAACAUUUCGCUUACUAACAUAAUAUGUACAUUAUUUACAACAACCAUACUUACGGACAAAUCUUGUCCAAGGAUCAUAUAAGCACAACAUUACAACGUAGGCGUCAGCCCGAGAUGUUGUGCUGCCAUAUUGAACUGGCAAGACAACAAUAAACCAUGUCGCAAAGCGACCACAAGAGUUCGCUGUUAGACAGUAAAAAAAGCCUUGCUGUAAAACUUACCAAAAGGCAGAAUACUGUCUGAGCGGGACAUGUGCGAUGGUUUUAAGCAAUUCAAAUGUAAUAAUUAUGAUCAGUUUUAAACAUAACUGUCCAACCAAAUCAUUUUUGAACAAGAAUAAAGUACUGUAGUAGAAAAAUGCUUGGCUUUAUUAAAUACUUCUGUUUAUCUACCUUAGCUGUGACUUUUGGUGGACAUGUAGAAAUUGCAAACUCCUCAUGAUCACUUCUGGCAUUUCAUUUAUAUGUCUCAAAUGUCUCCACACACACACACAAAUUCAUUCCAAAGCGGCUUCCUUGCAGAAACUGUUAAACAAGUUAAACGAUGAUUGACAGCUGCUGCGCUGUGAUGUCCGCUUCUUUGGCAAGAUCAAAGAUAGCAGUAUCGUUAACUUUAAUAAGCAAGUGCUGCAGUGACUCUGAGGUUUAAAGAGCGUGUGAGGCUCUGCAGAGCAGAAAGCAGUAUGUGGAUUUAAAAAAAAAAACUAUCGCACGUCCUUGCGAUGGGACUAUUGCGCACGCACACAUCGCGAUGGCGAUGUUUAAACGAUAUAUCGUUCAGGCUUACAGGGCGGUGACGUCAUAUGGCCACGCUCCCGGACUUCCACAGUGUCACUCUUUAACUAAGUAAGGUUGUGAUUUAAAUACGCCACAAGGUGUCAAUGGCGAGUUUUAAAUUAAUUAGAGAUCAAGCCAAUGAGUGAGUUUUGCACCUUGACUGAUGCUGUUGUUUUCCUUUUAUUCCCCAGUGCGGGCGCCAUUGUGCUUUAUGUUCAGUAUGUUGAGAAGGUAAGACACCCGAUAAUGGUUCCCAGCAACAUAGUUUGUAUAUUGUGACUAAACAUUUGCCACACACUGUAUUUGUUGAGCUAAAGGAGUUGCUAAAAUAUUUAAAUAUUUUGACCAACGCCUAAGUUUUAUGUGUAGUUUGCAUAUCUAUUUUGAUUGUGAACUCCUCCUUCACAACAUACAAUUGAACAUCAGUAUCAUAUAGUGAAAAUACACCAAAAUAAUAUUCAUAUCUCUCAAAAAGUAAUGUUCACAAAAAGAAAAGUGCUUUAAUCUGUAUUAAUGAGGCCCGAUUCUCACACAGUUAAACGAGAGCUGGCAUUCACAAAUUCAAAAUCAAAAUAGAUAUGCAAAAUACACAUAAAACUUACUCAGAUUUUGGUCAAACUCUAUUUAAACAUUUUAGCAACUUGCUUAGCUCAGCAAAUACACUGGAUGGUCAUAUUUAGUCACGAUAUACAAACUAUGAUGCUGGGAGCCAUUAUCAGGUGUCUUACCUUCACAACAUACAAUUGAACAUAAGGCUCAAUGGCUUAUGGCGACUGUGCUAGGGAAUAAAAGGAAACUACGGCGUCAGUCAAGGGACAAAACUUACUCAUUGGCUUGAGCUCUAAUUAAUUUCAUAUUUAAAUCACUACCUUACAUAGUUAAAGAUUGACACUGUGGAAGACCGGCAGCGUGGCCAUGUGACAUCACUAUCCUGCAAUGUCAACAACAAUGGCGACCUGCUACUUAAUUUUUUGGUUUAAAAUUUUAGAAAUUUUAUUAAAAUGAAAAAUUGAAGAGGGGUUUUAAUAUAAAAACAAAAAAAACAACAAAAAAAGAAUGUGCUAACAUUUCUUUUAAGAACUACAUGUCUUUGAGUAAUAAGUAACAUUGUAACUCCUUACAAUGUCGUUUUUAAAAAAAAUUUUUUUUAAAUAAUGUAUUUUUUUCUCAGCACAAAUUCAUCUAUGUGAACUGUUAUUAUGAUACUGUACUAUAACCUAUUACAUGAUCAUAUUUGGCCAAAAAAAUGACACAAAAAUAAUCAAAUUCAGACCAGAAAAACACUGACAGCAUGAAACAUCACUUGUCCAAAGAGCAUGAGUGCCCUCUAGUGGAUAAAAAACAUAGUUACCGCUGAUUGGUCUAUUGUAGUCAUGUGGUUACUGUUGCGACAUCUCAUUGGUGAAACUGAGACAGCUACUGUCGGCAUCGCCGGCAAAAAUAAAGUCAAUAUCUAGAAUAAAGAGGAAAAAUGUAACCUCUGAUGUCGGCCAAAGUAGCAGAGUAAGAGUAGUGUUUGUUCACAAAUCUACUCAAGUAAAAGUAACAGGUAUUAGCUGGUAAAACUACUUAAGAAGUACAUUUUUGUCAAAAAGUUUCUCAAGUUAAUGUAACGGAGUAAAUGUAACGUGUUAUUACCCACCUCUGGUGUGUACAGUACAUCUGGAAUUUUAAAAUACCUCUUACAUACAUAAAUCUAUAUAUUUUUUAAUCAACAAAAUGUUUCUGAUUUGAGGGAACUCUCAUAUUCAUCAUAAUUCCAGUUUAUGCCUUUUAAUUCCUGACAAUCCCCAUUGAAAAUUCCACUCAACAUUCUCAAGUAUCCAACAUUGAAAUUCUCUGUCUGGUCUUCGGGAAUUAUUAUUAAUACAAUGAAAUAAUGGAAGUAAUAAAUGCGUAAUUGUAUUGACUUUCAACAUGUAAAUGACUCCAAAUGUGCCCACAGCAUGACAGCGUGAUCCUUCAUAUGUUGUUCUGCUCAGUAUGUUAAUGGUCAAAUUGUGUGAGAUUGCUGCUGAUGGUGCUUUUCUGUGUGGUUCUCCUAAAAUGUUCCUUUCUCUGACACUGUGCAAGCUUAUGACUCUUCAGGAACAAAAUUCAAGACUCAUCACAAUUUGCACCUUCAUCGAUAUAUAUUUUUUUUGAUCAAAGGAAAGUGUAUAGGUAGUAAACCGAACGUGUCAGAGGCCCCUUCUUGAACCUUGGAACACGUGUGACGGCAUGUGACUCUUUCCAUUCGCCUGUGAUGUGUACAGAAUGUUUAUAACUAUUAAAGAUAUUUUGUUCAAUUAC